AUGGCCACGAAACUUGAGCCUUCGGCGCUUGCUCCGAACGCCGGGACACCGGGUGCCCCGACCCCUUCCCCUUCGCCUGGAUCCUCAGUCACGCCGAUCAAGUCUGAGUCUAAGACGGAACACAAGCCACUGACCAAUAUCACACCUACAAAUGGUCAGACCCCGUCGAGGAGGCCCCCUCGAAAGAGUACCUUGACCCAGCAGCAGAAGAACCAGAAGAGGCAGAGGGCGACCCAGGACCAACUCGCGACUCUCGAGCUCGAAUUCAGCAAGAACCCUACUCCCACUGCUGAAGUGCGAGACCGGAUAGCUGAGGAAAUCAACAUGACACAACGAUCUGUCCAGAUCUGGUUCCAGAACAGACGCGCCAAGAUUAAGCUCAUGGCGAAGAAGCAUCUUGAGAACGGUGAGGAUCUGGAUUCGAUCCCCGAGUCCAUGCGCCAGUAUCUUGCCAUGCAGGCCAUGGAAUCCGGAAAGGGUCUUGGCGGAAGCUUUUUAGGCCGCACUGGACUCUUCCCCUAUGGAAAUGGGAUGCUCCUUGGCGGUGACCCGACCGGCCAAGGCAAAGUUCUCAUUCAACAUCUCACCUGUCGUGCUUUGAGCAUUGGCACCUGGACGCGUGUCGGUCAGAAUAUGAUGGAUCUCAUCGUCUUCUACUCUCCCGAUAAGUGUACGAUGACCUACUACAUCAACAACGAACAGGCCGGGUACAAGAUCGAGUACCCAUUUGCCUACGUCAAGAGCAUCUACCUCGAGAACAACGAGGGAGACCCCACUAAACCUGGUGGUAUUGUGAUCGAGCUUAACCGCCCGCCUCACUUCUUCAUGGACUCGAGCACCAACGCUCAGGGUUUCUACCAGGUGAACGAUUUCACCGAAGACCUCCAAGCUUCGCGAUGCCUCAUCCACCGCCUUGGUGGAAGCCCCAAGGUUCUCAGCGGUCAGCUUGCCAAGCUUGUUUCCCUCGAGUCCUUCAUGAACCGCCACCUUCACCAAGCCCCGCCACCCAUGUUUGACACGCACGCACUGUCGGUUUCUGCUCCCGUAUCGCCGACGGCCCGUCCUUCGUCUCAACCCAACUUCGCCCAACCGCACGUCGGCAUGUUCCAGGAAUCGUGGGGCAUUAACAACAUGCAGCCUGGUAUGCGCGGACCCGGCCACAAGCGACAGCGAAGUCGCUCCGUUCCCAUGCCUGUGGACUUCUCCCUUUUCCAGACGCCGAUGCCGUCCUUCUACAUCCAACAGCCUGGCGAGGCAGCGCCUCAACCGGCCAGCCCUAAUAUCUUCGCGCCUGUGCCUCAGCAACCCCAUGGUAUCGGCCCGAACCUGCGAAUCGACACCCAGGCUGGCUUCGGCCUCGACAUGCGCCAGUACCCCAUGUCGGCAACCACUGCUUCGCCCUCGGAUUUCUCGAGCCCUAAUUUCUUCGCUGCGCAAGGCCCCGAGCCAACUCCACUCCCAGUGAAUACUCCGUACAGCAGCACAUUCCUCUCGCCCAUGGUUAACCCGUCGAACAUGCCUCCUCCCUCGGUCUCGCCCUUGUCCUUCAACGGCCCCUCGGAGCCCUCGAUCGUCGAGCAGUCGCCUCCUAUGGCCAUGCUAGGGCGCCCUGCUUCGGCCGAUGCCUAUCAGAUGAACGAUUCUUGCGCAGUAUCUGACGACGGCACGAACCUGAACGAGAUGUACUCGAAACAUAGCAUCAACCUUCCUCUCCACCCUCACUCACCAGCCUACGUCGAGCAGCAGCAGUCCGAGGUGGACAUGAACCAGCUUGUCCAGUUUGAUUCGGCUGAGCCGUCAAGCCUCUCUCCCGAAUCUAUGGGACAUGGGCUCGGUCAGGGUCAAGGGAUGGCGCAGGCCACACCUCAAGCUGCUCAAUAA